AUUCAACAACAACAACAACAACAAUUGAGAUUCCAUUUGGGAUAGAAACAGAAGAUAGUAGUCAUGGUGCUUUAUAUAAGAUAAUAGGUGUUACUUUAGCUAUUGCAAGUGGUAUAUUUAUUGGCAGUAGUUUUGUAUUUAAAAAGAAAGGAUUAAUACAGUCAACUGAAAAGUCAGGUGGUAUAGCUGGUGAAGGCUAUGAAUAUCUAAAAUCACCCAUGUGGUGGACUGGAAUGAUACUAAUGGUUGUCGGUGAAGCAUGUAAUUUUGUUGCAUAUGCUUUUACUCAAGCUAUUUUAGUAACUCCCUUAGGAGCAACUAGUGUUGUGCUAAGCGCUAUAUUAUCAUCUAUUUUUCUAAAGGAAAGACUCACAUUUCAGGGUAAAGUGGGCUGUCUUCAAUGUGUAUUAGGUGCUGUAAUUAUCGUUAUGCAUGCUCCAGAACAAGGUGCAGCAGAUAACUCAAUUGAAACUUUCAAGACAUUAAUGUUGUCGGCCGGUUUUAUCAUAUAUGCUUGUAUCGCAGUUGGAUUAUCUUUAUUUUUAGUAUUUUAUUGUGGACCUAAAUGGGGGAAAACGAAUAUGUUAAUUUAUAUUACAGUUUGUUCACUUAUUGGAUCUUUAUCAGUUGUAUUCACUCAAGGAAUUGGUGGUGCUAUUGUACGCUCAUUUACAGUGGAAAAUCAAUUCACAAAUUGGUUCUUUUAUCUUGUACUCAUCUUAACUCUUGUUACAUUGGCAAUUGAAAUCAUUUAUUUAAACAAGGCACUUAAUAUCUUUAAUACAGCUCUUGUCACUCCUACCUAUUAUGUUAUAUUCACAACAUUAACAAUCGUAAGCUCUAUCGUAUUUUAUAGAGGAUUUGAUGCUUCACCUGUCAAUGUCGUUACUUGUGUCUUUGGAUUCUUUAUUAUAUGUUCUGGUGUAGCUUUACUUCAGCAUUCACGUAGUGAGAAAGAAGAGAGGAUACAUAAUGAUGAUGAUGAAUCUUCGGUUGUAGGAGGAGGUCCACAAGAUAGAUUAUUAACAGCUAUCUUUGAUAAUGAAAAAUAUUUAACAUCAGAAGAAGAAAUCAUAGAUGAUACAACUGCUACUUCAAGUAAUACUAAUAAGAAACAACAUAAUCUAUGGCGUAGAUCAAGAGGUUCCUUAGAUGAUUAUCAUCCACGAGACACUAGUUUUAGUGACACUAUUAGUUUAAAUACCAUUAAACAUGAGAAGUUACCAUAUCAACAAAGCAUGUGAAAUAAUAGUACAAUUUCAGUUAUAUUUUACAAAUUUAUGUAGAACAGAAAAACAAAAAAAAAA